GUCGGAGUAGAGCGCGGGGAUCCCGGGACCGGGCCUUCCAUUUGCACAGGUCACCAUCAUGGCCCGGGACUACGACCAUCUCUUCAAGUUGCUCAUCAUCGGAGACAGCGGUGUUGGAAAGAGCAGCUUGCUUCUAAGAUUUGCAGAUAACACAUUUUCAGGCAGCUAUAUCACAACAAUUGGUGUAGACUUCAAAAUCCGGACAGUAGAGAUUAAUGGAGAGAAGGUGAAACUUCAGAUUUGGGACACUGCAGGGCAGGAGCGAUUUCGGACCAUAACAUCCACAUAUUACAGAGGGACCCACGGCGUCAUUGUUGUUUACGAUGUGACCAGUGCAGAAUCUUUUGUCAAUGUUAAACGAUGGUUACAUGAAAUAAACCAAAAUUGUGACGAUGUAUGUAGGAUAUUAGUGGGUAAUAAGAAUGAUGAUCCUGACCGGAAAGUGGUGGAGACAGAGGAUGCCUAUAAGUUUGCUGCGCAGAUGGAUAUCCGAUUGUUUGAGACUAGCGCCAAAGAUAAUUUAAAUGUUGAAGAGAUGUUUAACUGCAUUACUGAGCUUGUCUUGCGAGCAAAGAAAGACAACCUAGCAAAACAGCAGCAGCAGCAACAGAACGAUGUGGUGAAACUAAACAAAAACAGUAAACGGAAGAAGCGAUGCUGCUAGGUGCAGGCACAGCACAGAGAGGCUGCUCUCAAGCCGAACAUUCGCUCUUGGGACAAAGAGUAGUAGUGCCAUGGGCAGUGCCCAGCUUUCAGGGGUUGGGGCAUAUUCUUAGUUAUGUGCUGUUUAUUUAAGAAUUUUCUCCCAAGUUUUCUAUUGAGGCGCUGGCACCAUUUUUACUGCUGUGCCAAGAAGGUGGAUUCUUGUCGUCCCCUGAGCGUCUGCUAGGAAAGGACAGAUGCUGUGCCUAAACUAUGGACUGAAUUAACAAGAGUCUGUACAUACUGUGUAUAUUGCGUAAACCAGCCUCACCUCCCUCCUACUGCUUUGGCUUACACCUUAUCGCCAGUCUGUCGUGUGUGAAUAUGAACUGGUCACUUUUUAAAGUUUUUAGAACAGAUGGCGUCUUAACUUUGGCCUGCCCCCUGGUUUCUUUACUAACUGAUCUGGUAAGAUGGACCAGGCCCUGCUGUUAAUUAUCUUCUCUGCCCCCUUUUUGUCAGGACAUUUAAAAAACACGCUAAGAUCAAGCAAGCAGCUAUUCCAUUGUCCAGACCAGGAUUUGCAGCUACAAUGUAAUUCUGUUUUUAAACAAAGGGUGGGGUGGAUCCCGUCAUUAUUUCCACCUAGUCAAGAACCAUGUGAAUUUAAGUAAAAAAAAAUAUAUAUAUAUAUAUAUAUAUUAUGGAACAAUCUGCCAAAUUUUUGUACCAUCUUGUUCAUAAAUCGGAACAAACUAAUAAAAUGUGAACCUCUGGGUCCUGAUUUAAAGAAAA